AUGAAGCUCAUGAAACGGCUGAUGGGAAGAGGAGGAGGGAAGGAAGGAGGAGGGAAGGGAGAAGCAGAAGAGAAGGACGUGGAUGAAAAUACAAGAGGAGGAGCAGGAAAACCGGGAAUCCGCAGAGGUUCGGACUUUGAAGGACAGGCAAGUUUCGUCUUCAAGGUGGAAGGGAGAAGGAAACCCGAUGAUCAUUACGAGGAGGAGUAUGAGGAGGACGAGGAGGACGAGGAGGACGAGGAGGACGAGGAGGACGAGGACGAGGACGAGGACGAGGACGAAGAAGAAGAAGAAGAAGAAAUGGAAUAUGAAUAUGACGAAGAUGACCAAGGCAAGCAUCAGUCCGAAAGUCAGAAUGGACAUUUGACAGAUGAGCAGAGUGAAGAGGAGGAUGAAAUUUACAAUCAGAAUCCAAGGAGAGAGUACAAGAAGCUUCAAACAGACAGUGGAAACUUGAUAUCGGAAAAGAGUGAUGUUUCCAUAUCAGAAAAAUCGUUCAUGUCCCCGGACAACUCUUAUCACGCAAACUCGUAUGUCCCUUCGAAGGAUCUGUUCCAUCAAGAUGACGGCACAUAUGAGUCUGAUGAAGCUGAGGAGCAUCAAAAGGAAUCUGGCGAAGUCGAAGUUAUCGCUACAACCAGCACAAGUGAGCGACACAGCAUGGACAGGUCUCAACGGGAGCAAUCGGUCGGGAGGACUGAAGCUCUUAUGUACUCAGGCAGCAGCUCUCAAGCAGGAGACUUCGAUCAUCUGCAAGAGCUAGGGGUUGACUUCUACUCGGUCAAGAGCACUCGUCCUCGUCCUCGCGAAAUCACCCCGAGAUAUUUCGACCCGCGAGUCCCUUGGACCCCAGGGCGGUCGGGCGCGACCACAACGUUCCAAACUCCGCAUGAGACGAGGUCACCGUCAAGAGGAGCGACGGGAAGUCCUAUGAACGAGAGGAGAGGAGUACUGAAGAGAAGCUCCGCCGAGAUGGCCCAGGUUGUCCACGACAAUGCCUUACACUCUAGUCGCCCUUCAGUGGAUCCGAAUCAUCAUCAGCUGCCAGGAGAAGGUAGUCAAGGCAGUCCAGCAGCCGAGCCGGAGGAUCAGAGUGAUGGCUCUAACGGUGAGGAUGAGGAUGAGCACUCUAGUGAGGUGACAGACGAAGAAUCGAGCAUGGGAGGAGGGGAAGGUGGAUUUAGUAGGUUACCUGAGAGGUCGAUCCCGAAGCCGGAGGUCCUUCCUAUCGAUCCAGCAGACAUCUCUCAAAUGCAAGAUGAGCUGAAACAGAAAUUCUCCGAGUUUCUUGGUGACGACGGGGAGGACCUUGUCACCAUGAAGAACUUGAGGGCAUCAGAUGGCAAGGAAGGGGAGAAGGAAAGAGCGGAAAUGCUGCCACCCACGCGCAGGUCUGACCAUAUUGAUGAGGCUGAUGAUGCUGGCUAUCGCCAUUCCAACAAUCUUGGGUCAAGGCUGAGCGAGAUCUACAAGACCAUCUUCAACCAUCCCGCCAGCCAUCUCGAGCUGACGUCUGGCGAUUCUCACUCCAUCCCCUCCUCGCGGGGCAGACCUGAGCAUCAUGUGGAGUUUGCUGAGGAGAUGGCGGAAGGGCACACAGCGAGCUAUCGGUUGAGACGAGAAGACGUGGACAGGCUCGAUGGCGAUCACAGGGGAAGCACGGAGAGCAGUGUGGUAGCUUACUCCGAGUGGUCAGAGAUGGUGGACACGAUUCGAUCCUCCAUAGAGAAAGACAGACCGAGCACAAGAGAUUUUGAAGACGUGAACCACAAGUUCGAGGAGGAGGAGGUGGUGGAGGAGGAGGAGGAGGACGGGGACGAGGACGAGGAUGAGGACGAGGACGAAAUGCACAUGCAUGAUUUCGACUAUGAGGACAGCUACGAGCACACGCACGAAUUCCAGCACGAGCUCGAGGACCAAGAGACUGGACAGAAGGAGGGGAGAGAGAGGAUGGUCGACAGCCAGCCAGUGAGCAGGGGGAAGGACAACGAAGAUUUUUCAAUCUCUGAAGAUUUCCAUCAGUUUUCUCGUGCCUCUGCGAGUUAUGCCAGCAGUUACGACUGCUCGGUCUUCUCUAUCGCCUGUCAUGAUGCAGACGAUGGGCAUGACAAGGCUCACAGUCAGGUCCACAGCGCUGAUCUCGAAAGGCAGGGGGGAAACUCCCGAGUUGCAGAGCGUAAGGAGGAGAGCAAAGCUGAAGUCAAGCAUGGAGAGCGGAAGGAGGGGGAGCAGGAGGCUACCCCCCGCACAGUCUUCGUCGACAAACUCCUGCGCACGUUCCCUUCCAGCUUGACAGAGACCAGAAACUUCCUGUGGAACCUGCCGUGGAAGGAGCUCAAGUAUAUUGCGAUGUGGAAUGGCGUGAAGCUCUUUGGGCGGGAGAGGAGGAGGGAGCAUAUUGUCCACGAUCUGAUCAGCUGUGCUGAAGGAGGCAGUCCCAUCAUCCUCUCUUCCUCCUCCCCUUCUCUUCCUGGCUGUGUGCGCAGGUCGAUUCCUGUCAAGGAGCUGAUCCGGGAAUCGAGGAGGAUGAGGAACUUAGAGCAAAGACGCCACAGUGAAGCUGACGCACACGCCUCCCCUGAUUACCAUCACAGCAGUAUCAGUAGUGGGAAGCUCCGCAGAGGCUCUGCAACUUCUGCCUACUCCUCCUCCUCCUCCUCGUUCCCCGCAUCCUCGGUGCCGCUCAUCCUGCAGCUGGACGGAAGGAUCAUGUCGGAGUACAGCGAGAAGUUGAUGUCCAAGUUCCUGGUCGAAGACCUUUCGAUCGCCACCAAGACCGAGACCUCGAGGUUCGUCGUCAGCAGCAUCAAGCGCUCUCUCAGCGAAACGAGAUUCUUCAUCGUAGUUAAGCUUCACAUCCUGGAAGCUGGAGGAGCUGGAGGAGCUGGAGAAGACGAGGAAGAAGAAAUAUCUUCUUCCAAACUCUUGCUCGAGAUCACAACUCAGCUACAAGAUAAGUUUGCUCCGAUCUACGACGGAAAGGUCACCAGAAGCAUUCUCUCUGUCUCGAUCGUCUCCAACAUCGGGGAGGAAGUCGAAAUUCCAUCUCCCUCUCCUCGUCUCCUCGCUUCCAACAGCAUAUGUGGGUUGGACACGUCACGUUCCAAGGAGCUGAAGCCUCCCUCUUUCACUGGCCUAGCGCAGGAUUCUCCCUCUUGCUCUCUUCCUGUCCUUGGAGAGGAGGACGAGCUUGAGGAGGCGUGUCCCCCCCUGAUCCCCGUAGGAGAGUGGAGGGAGAGGGUCGACUGUCAGCCCCGGCAGGGGACUCGCGGUGAGGUGAUGGCGCGAGAAGAUCGAAAGAGGAUGGUACAACCUCUGCUCGCCCAACCAGCUCCGAGCUCGCAACGUGCUGGAGGCCAGCUGGACUUGCCCCCCGACAAGUCACGUACGGUCCUUCUGGAUCCCGACAACCUUCUGCCCAUCGAGGAUGGGGUCGAGUCGUACAUAGAGCUGAAGAGGAGGAGCAUGCGAGCGAUGGAGAGGAAAGUGAUCUUCCGUACGACCUCCUCAUCCUCAUCCUCCUCCUCGGCCUCAGCCCUUGAGCAUUUGGAUUCGCUUGCCACCAUCUUCGAGUCUGUCCUCGUCGGGCAGAAUUGGGACAGGAGGAGGAGCUAUGGGAGAGGGCGGGCCGUUGACAGGAGGAGCAGGUACUUCUUUUCUAGCAUGGAGGGGACGAUCAAACGGAUCUCUUCAAGUUCCUUCAUGGAGGAGGAAGGCGCGAUACCCAGCAGCUCCAAGGACAUGGCAGAGCAGUCCAUCCUUGCCCGGCUGCUGGUGGAGGGUCGGGCGACGACUCAGUCCUCCCGCUCCUCCUCCCGUCAGUUCGACUUCCUUCGGGAUCUCAGAAGCCACCUAGAACAAUUCCUCAACUCCAUGGUUGACAUCGAUUCGAAUCGCGUCAAAAUCAUUAGGAUGAACCAGCACAACUCGCUGCAGGAUGAGGAAAUCGACUCCGUGCUCUCCUUCGAUGCCGACAUUCAGAUUGCUCCUCCUACCUUCGACAGAUACUCCACCUUCAACGCUCCUGCCAACGUCAUCUGGGAGCAUCUGAGGAAGAGGUUCGGGCAGGAAGGACACUGUUUCACACAACUCGUGCUAGAGGAAGAAGUCAUUUCCUUCAAAAUUUCAAUGCGCCAUCUCAGUAGCAAGGUAGACCUCUCUCUUCUUUAA